GGAUAUCACAAGCAGUGCGUAUACAAACAACCAGUUAUGCGUGUAGAUCGGUAGUGUUAUAAAUUGUUAUUAUUUACCUUGAAACAUUCACAAUGUGGGAUACAGUGUGUUUUUUUGUCGCUAUAUUAUUAUUUACAUAUUUGUUAAAACAAAUCACUAGCAGUGAACCAAAUAAAAUAAAAUUCCAUUCUUAUUUCAUCGUCUAUUAUUUGUAUGGAUGUUUCUUCGCGGCUUUCCUUUGGCCCGUUUUUUUGUUUAGACCAAAAGACAUUAGGAAUGCAAGAUUUGGAGCGUCUCUUUUUAUGCCAAUAAACAAACUCUAUAAUUUGAAAUGGGAACUACGAAAUGGUGAAAUUCUAUCGGAAGACCGUGGCGCUGUUAUCGUCUCGAACCACCAAUCAUCAUUAGACAUCUUAGGAAUGUUUACUAUUUGGGAUGUCAUUGGUAAGUUGGCGCCCAUAGCAAAGAAGGAAAUAUUUUAUGUGUGGCCAUUUGGGCUGGCAGCAUACCUGGCGGGGGUUGUAUUCAUUGACAGAAAUAACGCGAAAGCUGCAUACAAAACACUACAACUUACUUCAGAGGUUAUGGUCAAAAAAAAGGCAAAAAUAUGGAUAUUUCCUGAAGGCACUAGAAAGAAAGACAGCGGUACGAAACUUUUACCUUUCAAGAAAGGAGCGUUUGCUAUAGCAGUGGCUGCGCAGAAGCCUGUGAUACCUUUAGUGUACUCACCUUACUACUUCAUAGAUGAAAAGAAAUACGUAUUCGAUAAAGGACAUGUCGUAAUCCAAUGCUUGGAACCUGUCAAAACUGAAGGCUUGACGAUGGAGGAUGUGCCAGAACUAGUAGAACGCAUACGAAACCAAAUGGAGAAGGCAUACAAAGAACUUACAAAAGAAAUUUUGACCACCUUACCGCCAGAAUACUCACAUUCAUUAGCCAUUACUACGUAAAUUAAUUAAUAAGUUAUAAUUACUUGUAAAACAAAUGGAUAUUUUUAUAACAUGCAUAUAAUAUAAUUGUUAGUUGAGACUACCUCAUAUAAUUUAAAUAACAAUAAUUUAUAAUAAUAAAAUUAAUUCUGAAUCCAAAAACCUGUUUAAUAAUAAUUAAUAAUUUGUCUGAAAUGAUUAGUUAUAGUAUUAAAAAUCACCUGACGCCAAAGCAUAAUAAUGCUUCCGACCGAAUUGAGAUUAACUAUGUACGUAGGAGGUAUUAUAGUGCACAAGUGUGUGUUCAAGAACAGGUGCACUCUCAUAGUCCGAUGGGACGGCAGACCAACACGACCAGUAAAAGAUCAGGCGCUGGACUGACUUUGUUGGCCUGACCCGGGAUUCGAAUCCUGGACAACAAUGUCGGUAGCUGAACCGUGGGACCAAUGAGGCAAUUGCUUGCGAUGAUAUGCAAAAACAUAUUAAAUGCAUGUCAGACUACCUAAAAGCAACGAAUUUUAUAUAAUUUUUUUUUAAUGAGCCUUUUCUGAAAUAAUCACGGGAAAGAACUGUCUGAAAAUCCUAAAACUGUAUGAUUUAAACGGCUUGAGUUAAUGCAUCACUGUGUUGGCACCGCCUUCAAAGUGAUUAGUAGAUAGGUAGAUGUUAUUUUUCGCUUUUUAGUUUUUAUUUGUGAUUUUGAAGUCUGUUGAUUUUUUUUUGUAAAAAAGAUUAUAUUUUUCUGUUUUAAGUGUCCUAGCAUAGUGAACGAAAGCGCCACAGUACGGGAAAUUUCGUUAUUUUCAUUUUUACACAAAAUUACUGAUCCGAUUUUUAUGAAACUUAAAUGGGACCAAUCUUUAAGUAUUAUACUCUUUCAAACAAAAAAGAAUUUUCAAAUUUGUUUAAUAAAUGAUGAAGUUAUGAGGUAACAAACAUUUAGAAAAAAACAUACGCGCCGAAUUGAGAACAAAAACAUCUAAUUUUAAUAUGUAGGUAUGUUUACUUGGUAUGUAUGUAUAUAAUAUAUUUUCCUUUCGUAUUAAUUAAUAGUCCAGUCAUUUUAGGCAUUUUAUACCCCAAUCUGGGGAAAAAUUCCUAGUGAGCUGAAUUUUUGUAUACACCUUUAUUACGGCGUUAUUAUGAAGUUGUGAAAAAUCGACAUCGAUAUCGUGUCGGCUAAAAAAAUUACAGAGGUCAAAAGGUCACGAAAAUCAGUUUUUGCAAAUAUUUUGCGACCUAUUGCUCGGACGUCAAUAGAGGUCAUUAUAAAAAUUGUUUCUCAUAAAAUUGUCUACAAAAAAUGUCUCUUAUAGUUUUUCUGUAAAAUUAACGGUUUUCCGAUCAUAGUGCUGAGAAAGCGGCAAGAAUGCACUCACAUACGGUAUCGUACACCAAGGCGUAAACUCUAUUGCUUUUUAGUAAUGUUUGUAAAUGUCUCUAAAUCUUUUAUUUUACAUUUAGAUGUUUCCAGAAAGAUAUAUUUAUCGUAUAGGGGUUUAUGUUUUUAGUAAGACGUACUAUAUCUCAUUCUAAUGACCUUCAAAGGCAGAUGUUUCGUAUUUCAUUGUUCCGAGACCCGUCCCUUUAUACCUGCUACUGCCAGUCAGACUGAGUAUACUCAUAGCACGCACUCAAAUACUUGAUCAAUCUACAUAAAUUUUUUUCAAAAAACUAGGAAAAAACAAUGCUGAAACAAAAAUAUACUGAUAGCCUCAACAAGUAUCCACAUUGCAAAAAAAAUAUUCUGUUUCUGCAUGCCAUGACCGGAUGCGAUACAACUUCAGCACUUUUUGGGAAAGGAAAAUUGAAAGUCAUGAAGAUGUUUGAAAAAAGACCCGAUUUAAACAAUUGUACAGAAAUAUUCCAACAAGAAAAUUGCUCUCGAGAUGUCAUUGUCAAUACUGGAAUACAUUUUCUAC